GUCCAUCAGUUUGGCCACUGCACACCACACAACCAUCGUUAUCAGCUUUAUCCGCCUUUCCUGGUGCAGUCACAACUUGGUAGAGUUGCUCCUGAGCAGAAUGCACUCUCAGGAUGACCAUAUGUUCACAUUGCAACUUAUGCACCUAGGCAACUGCAGGUAUGUACUGAAGCAUGGUCUAUUGACCAAUGCUGUUACCACGAAUCAUUUUAUGUUAAGAAAUUGGAGGUUCUCACUCCAGUGACUCUGAAAAAUUACUGUUUCUGGGAUGUGUGAAUGUGUAAUUUGGUUGGAUGAAUAUGUUUCCUCCAUAGUCUUCUACCCUGAAGACAGAAACAGCUUGUUCCUGCAAACUGUUAGUAAAUGUACACCAGACUACAUGCCAUCAUAUCCAAGAAGAUCGUAGUCCUCAUAGUCAGUGCAGCAGUAACCUCAAAUCUCACAUCAGGAUUAAUGUCCUGUGGGAUGUUACACCAUGCAAUCUGGUAUGGGUUUACUGACAUUCGAGAGGAGCAUACCGCCUCCAUCAUCAGGGAUAUGGAGGUAGUAGAUAUGCAUGAAAAUUUGGUACUGUGUGCUAGAUUGAUGUCCAUCUUCAGGGAUAUGGAGGCAGAAGAUAUGUUUGAAAAGUUGGUACCUGCGUACUAGAUUGAUGACUAACAUCACAGAAGCCAGUGAUUUUCUACUAGCAGUAGGAGAGUAUAGCAUGGCAAGUAAAUUUCAGAUGUCUUCUGCAUUGUUUUUCCUGCAUUUAGUUUGGGUUUUAGGCCUUUAUGGUAUGUCCACUUUUCUAAUUGUAGAUCUCCCAAUGACAGAACAUGAUCACAGCUCCAUAUAUAGAUGUAGUUGAUUGACUUACAUUAUUCUGUGAUUAAGAUUAGCUCUUUCAAAUGGAUCCACUUAAGUAGGACCCCUUCACCUCAGGGACAGGAACAGGGACAGAUCAGUGUUUAUGAAACAAUACGUUCAUUCAGAAUACAAAUUGAUGGACAAUAUCCAGAAACUUAGUGAUCCAGAUAUGUAAUUUCUGACUUCCAGUUUCUCAAUACACUACUUAUUCCUUGAGGAGUUACUUUUCUACAAUAUUUCAUAAUUUAUCUCCUUUUAGGAGGUGGAAUAACUCAGUGAGUGUAGUGAGUGGAUUUCAUAGCACAGUAUUGGCAUAAAAAAAUGUUGCUUUCCUUCUUAGGGCGAANCGUGCAUCCAUCGGGAGGCAGAGAGUACCGGAAGAAUGACACAGUUGGAUCGAGGAAUUGGCCACCCCCGGUCCACAUGAACAUAAUUCGUGGGUACUCACAGGGGCUGUCCUAGAUCACCACGACACCAUCCUAACACCAGCAACAGAGGGAGCAUUCCACUGAGACCAUUGUGCUGUCAUGAAUGUGACCCAGUGUGGACUGAAGAUGCUUAUGCUGUGAGACAUUCUAACCACCCAGCAGGGUUCCUGCAGAGCUCACCAACAGGGGUGACACGCUGCCACCAACAACAUCAUGACCUGCCAGUGCACUCAGGCCCUUCUUCCCCACGGCACUCAUCGGCAGUGAAUUCUGCCCACACCAGCACUGCCUCGGACAUGCAUGCUGGCCCACGGUUUGCACCUACCUGGCAGGCUCGAGGUACUCAGUUGGACCAAAUGUCUUCAGGCAACACGCAUGUUAAUGCUUAUCAGCGGAAUGCAGAUCUAUUUGCACCUGAUCAAUCUGCAUUUCCAGAGACCCCUGGCCAGUUUUGGGAAAUGUAUGGAGCACAUUACCUGCAGAUAGCUCGAGAAAUUGAGUCCUUAGAAGCCUCCUCCAUUCCUGCUGAAUUGCCUGUGGCUGAGGAAAGACCACCAGGGGUAUUGACGGAAGCAGGAAUUGAGCGGCUGCCAUCCUACAAGCAAGUCAUCAUAACAUCUUGCGUGUAUAUUCAGUUGAUGUAAUAGUAAGAACCAUGCAGGAUUCUUCGCAUAGAUCAGAUUAAUGUUUUCAUAGGAAAAACUGUUAACUUUUCGUUAUUUUGGGGACAGCUAUUGUUUUCACCUUUCAUGAGUCUGUAUACUUAGGAGUAAUGUAAUGUCUGCUGUGUGAGAUGCAGUGAGUUUAUGGGAACAGCCUUCCAGUGGCCACAGGCAUAUGCAUUGCUAGUUAUCUCUAAAUAUCAGUGUGGCAGAUAUGCCAGCAACACUCAAAAUCUCUUUCUUCUCUUGUAAUAUAGCACCUGCAGUACACUCUGCUAUGGUAACCAAAAUCCUAUAUUUUGUACAGGCAGUCUACUUGCCACAUGUAAUUACAUCAUCAGACCUUACAGUAGAAAUUGACUACCUCAUUCUGUAUAUUUUAAAUCCUUAACUGCAACGUGGGAUCAUAGUUUUCCAAUGUCUCAACUUGUUUCAUUGUAUCUUUCCCGUAUGUCUCUGACAUAGGCAGACCUGUUUCUGGGGCAUUCAAGCUUCUCUUCCACUCCCCUUUGUAAGAAAUUUUGCAUGUUCCAACUUUGUAUAUAGAUUCCAUAUUGUCUGAGGUCUUCCUUGGUCUGUCAAGUUCUGUCUGUGUUAAUUUGUCCUGAGUGUAUUCAUAAUUCUUUCUUAGUAUCUUCGUUCCUGAUAUGAUCUAGUGUAUUGGUUGCUUUAACACCAUGUACAAAUAUCCAAAAUUGAAGGUCAGUUGCAUCAGAAAAAUAAGUAUAAAUUACCUGCGUAUUGUACACAUUUUCAUGCAGUACUUGAUGUUAAAGUUGUCCCUGCACUUAAUAAUUAAGCACUACCCCAUGAAAACACUUGAGUUAUAACUCCACCAUCCUUGACUUGAUGUUAUUUGUUUUAAAAGUUCUAGUUAUUUAGUCUUUAUAUAAAUUCUGACAAUUAAAUGAAUAGUAUUAAAUCAAGGGGCACAGUCAUGGAAGAGCAUGUGGAGACACAAGAGACGCACACAACAUGGGUUCCAUUAUUCAUGUGAACUGCAUAUAAAGUACAACUCCUCUUCAUUGUUUCUUGUGUUAAUGUUUUCCUACAUUUAACAU